AGCAUGCAGUCAAUGCUUGCCCAUGAAACUGGAAAUCUUUCCCAGGUUGGUGCUAGCCUUGUGGCAGAGCUUGUGGAUGGAAAUGCAGACAUGGCCGGAGAGCUUCAGGGGGAAGCUUUGAUGCAUAAAACAUAUGCAGCACGCUUAAUGGGUGGGGAAGCAUCUGCGCCUGCUGCUGCUACUUCAGUUCUCAGAUUCAUGGUUGAUCUUGCAAAAAUGUGCCCUCCAUUUUCGGUUGUUUGUAGACGGGCAGAGUAUCUUGAAAGCUGUGUUGAUCUUUAUUUUUCUUGUGUUAGGGCUGCCUAUGCAGUGAAGAUGGCAAAACAACUCUCUGAAAAGACAGAAGAAAAGAAUUUGAAUGAUUGUGAUGAUACCAGCUCACAGAAUACUUUGUCUUGUUUGCCUCAUGACCAGGAGCAGUCUGUUAAAACUUCAAUCAGCAUCGGAAGCUUUCCACAGGGACAGGUCAGCUCAAGUUCUGAAGAUAUGCCCCUGGCCUCAAACUAUACAGCUGAUGAUAAAGUAGAGACCAAUGUUUCAAUGUCCCAGCAGGAAUUAAAUAGAUCAGGUCAAGAAGACGUGCAAGCUAUUCAGAUCUUAGAUGCUGAUAAUGUUGAUCAGAUAUCUGCCACCUCAAGCUCCAUUGGAUCAAGCUUCCGUAAUAUCAAAGUUGCUCUGGAUCUCCCUCAGCCAAUGGAUUCUCAUAGUUCUGUUUCUGUUGCAUUUGAAGAUUCUCCCCUUUUAUCUGAGAAAUCUCAUUCAAGAAUCCCGAUCACGGCAUCACCAUCUCCAGUAGUUGCAUUGACCUCUUGGUUAAGUGCUAACCAUAGUGAAUCUAAAGCUCCAUUUGCUACACCUUCCCAGGAGUCUUUUGUUUCUGCCAGUGAAUCUGAUCCAUCUUCUGAACUAAAAUCUUGUUCUCAAAGUUCAUCCUCUGCCAAUGCAUUUUUUACAGUCAGUCCAAAGCUUCUUCUUGAAUUGGAUGAUUCUGGCUAUGGUGGCGGCCCUUGUUCUGCUGGUGCGACUGCUGUGUUAGAUUUCAUGGCAGAAGUACUUGCUGAUCUAAUGACUGAGCAGAUGAAAGCAGCACAGGUGUUAGAGAGUAUUUUGGAAAUGGUUCCUUUACAUGUUGAUGCUGAUUCUGUGUUACAUAGGGAAGCAUCGGAGUCGGAUUAUGUUUCAGAAAACCUCCAUCACUGGAUAGAUCUCAUAUUUGGAUACAAACAGAGGGGAAAGGCAGCUGAGGAAGCAGUUAAUGUUUUCUAUCAUUACACUUACGAGGGUAGUGUUGACAUAGACUCUGUUACAGAUCCCGCAAUGAAAGCCUCCAUUCUUGCUCAAAUUAAUCAUUUUGGUCAGACCCCGAAGCAACUAUUCCAAAAACCACAUGUAAAAAGGAAGGCCGACAGAAAGCUUACUCCACAUCCUCUUAAGCAUUCGAUCCAUCUUGUUCCUCAUGAAGUACGUAAAUACUCGUCUUCUGUUACUCAGAUCAUCACUUCCCACGAAAAAGUUCUCGUGGCAGGAACAAAUUGUUUUCUUAAACCAAGGACAUAUACGAAAUAUGUUGCAUGGGGUUUCCCUGACCGUAGUUUGAGAUUUUUGACCUAUGAUCAAGACAAACUUCUCUCGACACAUGAAAAUCUUCAUGAGGGUAACCAGAUUCAGUGCGCUGGUGUUAGUCACGAUGGUCACAUUUUGGUCACUGGAGCUGAUGAUGGUCUGGUAUCUGUUUGGAGAAUCAGCAAAGGUGGGCCUCGUGUUGUACGGUGCUUGCGGUUAGAAAAGGCUCUUUGUGCCCAUACUGCCAAAAUUACAUGUAUUCAUGUCAGCCAACCUUACAUGCUUAUUGUGAGUGGAUCAGAUGACUGUACAGUUAUUAUAUGGGAUCUCAGUUCUUUGGGUUUUGUGAGGCAGCUUUCGGAAUUCCCAGCGCCUAUUUCAGCAAUUUAUGUUAAUGAUUUGACUGCAGAAAUUAUGACGGCAGCUGGAAUUUUGCUUGCUGUUUGGAGUAUCAAUGGGGACUGUCUUGCCGUGGUGAACACAUCACAGCUGCCAUCUGAUUCCAUUCUCUCAGUAACGAGUUCUACAUCCUCUGAUUGGUUAGAAACAAAAUGGUAUGUGACGGGCCACCAGAGUGGGGCUGUUAAAGUGUGGCAUAUGAUUCACUAUACUGAUCCAUUGAAUACCCAGUCUAGAACAACAAACACUGGGAUAGCUGGGUUAAAUUUGGGUGAUAAGGCACCAGAGUACAGAUUGGUUCUCCACAAGGUACUGAAGUUCCACAAGCAACCAGUGACGGCCCUCCAUCUAACGAGUGACCUGAAGCAGCUACUUACUGGAGAUUCUGGGGGCCAUUUAGUAUCUUGGACGUUGCCAGAUGAGACCCUGAAAGCUUCAUUUAACAAGGGGUAACAAUGGAAAAUAACACGUAACAAGAUAAUCUAUAUUCUUCCAGCAGCCAUCGAUUCUUUAUUGGAAACCUUAUCGGGUUUGCUAGGCCAUCCAUUCUCUGGAGGUAGAAUGGAUUCUUCGUUAAUAUGACAUGGAAACCGAAAGGAAAGGGCUGGCCACUGGCCAGGGGUUGAAACCGGACAAGCAAAGACAGUAAAAGGAAGAUGAACCUCUAACAAGUGUCUGAUAAGAUUUGACUGGAACGAGGUCCAGACCAUACUGUAUGUGCCAUUUGGCUCGAGCUCCUAACACCCGUGGGAAGGGACGGGGUGCUCUUUGUUGUAUCUAAGGCUGAGUGAAGGACGUUAUGUGGUUUUGAGAUACGAAUCUAGACUACAACUGGUAUUUUUGAUGUAAAUAGACGGGGAAAGUUUUAACUAACAAAGUGUGCAAUCAGGCUGUAUAGCAAAAAUGUAUGCCGGGAGUGGGUAAUUAUGAUGAAUUAGUUGAGUGUAUUCUUUUUUUUUUUCGCGUAAUGCGGCUGGGCAACCGCCGCCCAUUUAUGCACUCUUUCAACAUUGUUGGUCUGCUUUCUAGAUAAUCAAAGGUCACGGUGUUCUUCAAGCAAAA